AUGAGAAGCAAAAGCGGCUUCAGUUUCUUCAGUAAGAUGACUUCUUCCAAGAAGAAACCUUCUCCGGCAAUACCUAGAAAGGGUUUCGAGUCGGCGCAUAUCGACCGGACGAUUGAUUCCGCCGCGGAGAUCAUCGAGAAAUGGAAUACAGAGUAUGUUUCCGACACGAAAUUCUACUCUCUGUUUCGCGAGAGCAAACGAGAAGCGAAAGAGUUCGUAAAACGCGUGAAGAAUCUGCAGGACGCGAUGGAUUUACUGAUAAGCGAGGAUCCAAAUUCGGAGAAGCUUCUUAGGUCACAUAAACUUAUGCAGAUCGCUAUGAAACGGCUCCAGAGUGAGUUUCUCCAGAUUCUGUCAAUGAAUCGCGCGCAUUUGGAUCCCGAAUCCGUCUCCGCUAGAUCGCCUACCUCCGUCCACGACGUUUGGCGGGAGUCUCGUUCGGCUAGAGAUUCCAUCAUCGAAGUUGAAGAAGUGUCGAAGAACUCUACAACGGAGCUGAAAUCAAUCGCCGAGUGCAUGAUCGCCGCCGGUUAUGCGAAAGAGUGCGCCACUACUUACAAGUCCAUCAGAAAAUCGAUUGUCGACGAAGGGAUUUACCGUCUGGGAGUCGAGAAAAUCAGCUCCUUCAAAGCGAAAAAGAUGCCAUCGGAGGUUGUUGAGCUGAAGAUGAAGAGCUGGAUCGAAGCGGUUAACGUCUCGAUGAAGAUUCUCUUCGACGGCGAAAGAGAUCUCUGCGACGAAAUUUUCAAAUCCUCUGUUUCUCUCAGAGAGUCUUGUUUCCGAGAUAUCUCUAAAGAAGGAGCUCUGCUUUUGUUUGCGUUUCCGGAAACAGUUGCCGUGAGAGACAAGAAAAAUCCACAUCCGGAGAAGAUUUUCCCGUUGCUGGAUAUGUAUUGCACGAUCGCCGAGAAUAUUCCGGCGAUCGAAUCGAUCUUCUCGUUUCAAUCGAUUUCCGUUGUUCGAUCUCAAGCUCUCAACUCGCUUACCCGACUCAGUGAGUCGAUUAUUUCGAAUCUAGUGGAUUUCGAAUCUGAAAUCCGGAAAGACUCGUCGAAGACGGUGGUUUCCGGCGGAGGUGUGCAUCCGAUGACUAUCUCCGCCAUGGAUCACCUCUCUCGUCUCGCGGAAUACAGUGACGCCCUCAUGGAUAUCCUCAACGGAACGUCAUCAUCCUCUUCCGCUAAAUCGCUGCUUCCGAAAUCUUACUUCAACGUCACGGAAUCCGACGGGUCUCCGGCGUCGGAGAUAAAAUUCCGAUUUGCGUGGUUGAUUCUCGUCCUCCUUUGCAAGAUCGACGGCAAGGCUGAGAUGUACAAGGAGUUCUCGAUGCAGUAUCUCUUCUUAGCCAACAACCUCCAACACGUGGCGUCACGUGCACGCUCCACGAAUCUGAAGCAGCUGCUCGGAGACGAUUGGAUCGCGAGGCAUUUCGAGAAAGUCAGGCAGUUCGCCAGAAGCUACGAGAGGCUCGCGUGGGGUCCACUCGCGUCGCUGUGUCCGGCGAUUAGUACUUCGGAGGCGGUGGAGAAGUCCUCGGAGGAAGCGAAGAUGCAGUUCCAAGUGUUCAACGAGAGAUUCGAGAGCGCGUGCGAGUCGCAGAGCGUUUGCGUUGUGGCUGAUCCGAAACUGCGGGACGAGUUGAGAAUUUCGAUCGGGAGGAAGCUGUUGCCGGUUUAUCGCGAUUUUUACAACGCGCAUAGAAAUGCCGUUAUGUUGGCGGGAAGGGAUGGUGAGUGGAAUGUCCGAUAUACCCCUGAAGAUAUCGGAAACCACUUGUCGGAGUCGUUUAGCGGGAAGGGUGUUUUGGAUAAACCAUACGUGUGUUCCACAAAUUUCUGUCUUGUUACAGCUUCUCACACUACUCUUGGAAAGAAGCAGCGAUCUUUGUCAUGCAGAAGAUUUUGA